UGUAGAAACUACAAUACCCACAAUCCACCGGGCCACUUACGCCGAUUGCGUCCCCCUAGCGGAGCAGCAGUCGCCGCCGCCGCACUGUGCGAUCGUGCCGCCGGCCUCGGCUUGGUUAGAGGGUGAUUCAGGAUGGUGGACCAGCCUCUGUGGGAGCAGAUAGGAUCCAGCUUCGUGCAACACUACUACCAGGUGUUUGACUCGGACAGAACGCAACUCGGAUGCAUAUAUACCGAUGCAUCAUGCCUUACGUGGGAAGGACAACAGUUCCAGGGGAAAAGGGCAAUCGUUGAGAAACUCUCAAGUCUCCCCUUCACAAAAAUAGCGCAUAGUAUAACGGCGCAGGAUCACCAGCCGACCCCAGACUGCUGCAUCUUGAGUAUGGUGGUAGGGCAGCUAAAAGCGGACGAAGACCCCAUCAUGGGAUUUCAUCAGAGUUUCAUCCUCAAGAACAUUAACGAUGCAUGGGUGUGCACCAAUGACAUGUUCAGGCUGGCCAUUCACAACUUUAGCUAAGCCGGCUCCCCCCCGCCCCCACCCCGCUCUGCCGGGCAGGGGCAGCCAUCGCGAAGGGCACUGUGUGAAGUAUGGAGGGAAGGGAGGGAGGAGUGGAAGAUGGGAGAGAAGAGAGAGAGCACUCGUCCCUCCCUCCGGCUUUUCUCAGCUUACGCCUGUUCCGACACAAACGAGCAAAACGGCCGAAUUCUAGAUGUCAAUCACUGAACCUCAUCUAGGUUGGUUUCCAGACGAGCCCAGCCAGCAGAACCUGCGACUGCGUUUGUUUCCCCGAGAGACGGCCGAACCAAUCGGACGCUCCCCCUCCCGUCUGCCACUCAGCCGACCUCUGCAUGACGCCAGGAGACGCCUACAUUACAAACAUCUACACUCAAGUUUCAACCAGAAGACAAAACAGCUGACCGACGCCAUUAACUCCCCACUUCUUUUACUUUGUUCUAACUCCCGUUCUACUCUGCUGUUGACUCCCGUUCUGUUAGCACUGCUGCUGUCGGCCAGUGUUCGUAGAUCCAUGUUCAGGUCCAGAGUCGUCGGCUGCUUCUUCUUCUCCUUCAGGUUCCGACUUCUUGUGUUGUGUUGUUUUUAGGUGACGCUCUGUUCAUUGACUUUAGCUUGCCUUAGUGUGUUUAUUAACUGAGUUCUUUUACUUCUUUUUAAUUUCUUAACUUGCCAUGAUUCACUCUCAUGCCAGGUUUUGCCCUCGCAACCAAAGAAUCAUGGAGGACAAAAGUUUGAUCUUGCUGUGUGAUUGGCUGUGAUCUCGAUCUCUCUCUCUCUCUCUCUCUCUCUCUCUCUCUCUCUCUCUCUCUCUCUCUCUCUCUCUCUCUCUCUCUCUGAUUCAUAUCUCAUACUUUGCCCCCUCAGUCUCUGAUUUUUUCCCCUCACACAUCUGGCAUGGACUACAGCCACGAUACACAAUAAAACAUGGACUUUUUUUCUUAA